UCAAACCAGACAGUGACAGGGGGACACACACACACAGGCAGGCAGGUCAAAAAUAGCAACAUCCACGGCACACAGUUACAGGCUCACAGCCCCCUGCAUAUAAGAUGGCUGCACUCUCCGGUCGUUACAUGGAGUUCCACGAGGUCCACGGGGCCAACGUGAGGAUAGACCCUACGGGAACGCAGGCCACCCGAGUGGAGAGCUUCGCCAACGGGGUCUGCUUCAGCAAACAGCCACUGCUGCCUGGGGAGCUCUUCCUCGUGGAGAUCGAGGAGAAGGAGCUUGGCUGGUGUGGCCACCUGAGGGUUGGGCUGACCGGCAUUGACCCCCGGAGCCUGGAGGUGGUGCCCGAAUACUCCCUCCCGGACCUGGUCAGCCUGGGCGACAGUUGGAUAUUCGCCAUCACCCGCAACCACAACCGGGCCCCUCCGGAGGAAGGGGAGGAGGAAGAGGGGGUGUCCCGCAGGUCCAAGGACUUCUUCACCGCCUCCCACCUGCAGAUCGGGAGCACGCGCAUCCCCAUGGACAAGCUGGUUGGGCGCAGCCGGCCCGGGAGGUUCAGCCACAUCCUGGACGACUUGUACAAGACCAACGCCUUGCCCCCCACAGCCCGCAGGAGCAGGAUCGGGGUGCUGUACGUGCCCAGGGCCCAGGGCACUGCCGACAUGCACAUCGUGAUCAACGGAGAGGACAUGGGGCCCUGCUCACGGGGGAUCCCCGCGCACCAGCCGCUCUACGCUGUGGUGGACGUCUUCGCAGCCACCAAGAGCGUGAGGGUCGUCCAGCUGGAGUACGGCUUUGCCUCCCUACAGACUCUGUGCCGGCAGAUCAUUCAGAAGCACGUUGUGCACAGGACAGCCAUCGCCUGGCUCGAUCUGCCUCAGCUUCUGAAGCACGUCUGCAUGUAUGAGUGAAGAAAGGGGAGCGCUAUACUCCACAGCUGAGCUGGGAUGGGUACGUCUGGGGGGGGGGGGGGCUCUCACUCUGCAGCCUUCCCUUAGAUUGUCUGGGGCUGGCUGGGGCUGGCUGCUAGGGUUCUGUUCAUUAUGUGAAUGAAGACUUUACAUUGAUGUGUGUGUGUCUGUGUGUGUGUGUGUGUGUGUGUGUGUGUGUGUGUGUGUGUGUGUGUGUGUGUGUGUGUGUGUGUGUGUUACAGCGUCUAAAAUAAAACAGGACAACUUGUGAAUGUGUUGUCUGGUUUUAUACCUGUGAAGUUACUGGUAAAGCAGGAUAAUUCGGUUCCCUUUUGAAGUUUUACUUUGUAAACUAUAAUUGCGUGUUGGAAAAUGUAUAUGCUUUCAAGGCCUUACUGUAUUCCUGUAUUUUGUCAUCUCCUAAUAAAACAUGACUUCUGCAUUCUGCUCAUGCAGUUUGAUGAUUUAAUUCAUUUUCAGUUUUACUAUAUAAUCAAUACAUUGAUGGGAUCGAAAGCCACAAACCACGUCCUCUUUCUCAGUUGCUAAGCGACCGUCCCACGUAACGCAGCAACGGCGUUAAGAACGUAACGUAAGUGUUUCGUCCUGCCAAUCAACGGUAAAAAGCAGGAGGCGCGUCAGAGAACGUCUUUGUGGAAGUCGAAGGACGUCGAGCUGCACGUAAUUUAGUAACGGCUUACAAUUUAAAUAAUUUACCAGAAAAAAAAGAAGAAACAGUCAACCAAGAAAGAGAAGAAGAUACGUUUUUAAGAAACUGCCGG